CCGCCGUAAGAAUUCGCGAUGCCGAUCUGCCCACCGCCGUCGGAGUCCUCGGACUCGGGGAGCCGCGCGUGGAUCUUCCACAGUCUGGCCAUCGGCGCGGCGGCGGCUGCCGCCGCUGCAGCGUACCUGUACCGCCGGCCGCGCGGGUUCCGCACCCUGGCGGUGGGCGUCAUACCCGCGCGGUACGCCUCCUCCCGCUUCGAGGGCAAGCCGCUCGCCCUCAUCCUCGGCAAGCCCAUGAUACAGAGAACCUGGGAAAGAGUAAUGCUAGCAACUUCUUUGGACCAUGUUGUUGUGGCAACGGAUGACGAAAAAAUUGCUGAGUGUUGUAGAGGAUUUGGAGCUGAUGUUAUAAUGACAUCAGUAUCAUGCCAAAAUGGAUCUGAACGCUGCUGUGAGGCACUUCAAAAGCUUGGUAAACAUUAUGACAUUGUUGUCAACAUUCAAGGAGACGAACCACUUAUUGAACCCGAGAUAAUAGAUGGUGUGGUUAUGGCACUGCAGCGAGCUCCUGAUGCAGUCUUCAGCACAGCUGCUACGGCAUUAAAACCAGAAGAUGCAUUUGACACAAAUCGAGUGAAGUGUGUUGUAGAUAACCAGGGUUAUGCAAUAUACUUCUCAAGAGGGCUGAUCCCAUUUAACAAAUCAGGGAAAGUCAAUCCUAAGUUUCCAUAUCUUCUUCAUCUUGGGAUUUCGUGCUUUGAUUCGAAGUUUCUGAAGAUCUAUCCAGAGCUGGCACCAACUCCAUUGCAGCUAGAAGAGGACCUGGAGCAACUUAAAGUUCUUGAAAACGGCUACAGGAUGAAGGUUAUCAAAGUGGAUCAUGAUGCCCAUGGUGUGGAUGCACCUGAAGAUGUCGAGAAAAUAGAAGCAUUGAUGCGAGCCAGGAACAUUCAGUAGUGUGCAAAUGUUAGAAAACGUCGAGAAAGCUUUGGUUGCGGUACGUAGUUAUCCGUUGAUCCAGAGCUAAGGAAUCCUGAAGACUGAAAGAUGCUAUCCGAGUGUGUAAAUCAGGAGCCUUUCUGCUGCAUCCGUGAAACUGUGCAUGCAUCAGAUGUCUCGUGUGUGUCUUUGUAUGCAGAAACCUGGGGUUUAACCUCUCGUAGGUUGUAUCAGCUUGAUGGGCCGACAUGAUGAAUAAAAGGUCCCACUGUCAAAAAU